GAGCCCUUUAAAAAAUGUGAACAACUGAGCUUCAUUAGGAAGCUUUUUCCCUCUGUUUCUUCUUCUUCUUCUCUUCUUUGCUCGUUUAAUUUAUUCCUUUCUCAGCGUUUCAGCACUCAUUACUAUAAAUAGAAAUCGCAAACAAAAUUCUCUCUCUCUCUCUCUCAGUUUUCUAUUCUCUCCAUCUCUCUGCAAUGUAGGCAAUCUCCGAUAGUUAAGCUUGGAGAAGUGGCCGAAAAAUGGCGAAGUAUCAAAGGAACGACGUUGGAUCUGUGGUUCUAGAGGGGGCCGGAGGAGGGAAUUUCCGGCUAUGGCCAGCGAUUCGGGGAGCUGCAUUUCGUCGGAAGCUCUUGGACACGAUGAUGUGUGGUGUUUCGUGCCACCGGCACGAGAUGGAUUCUGGCGUUGCAUCGCCGCUACAGAUGCAGAAGCUGAAGCAGAAACAGAAACCGAAGCAGCAGGAGCAAGAGCAGCCGAAGUCGCCGCAGAAGCCGGAAUUGAAGAAGAAUGUCGGAUCAGGGAGGUUGUCGGAGCUUUUGAACUUGUCGCAGACAUCGGAGACGGGAUUGGAGGAUGAAGCGGAGGUUGAGACGAGGAGGAAGCUUGAGGUUUUCGAGGAGCUUCAAGGAGUUGUCAAAAGGUUGCAAUUUCAGGAGGGAUCGCAGCAGAAGGAAGCGGCCAUGGAUGUUAGAAGGCUAGCGAAGGAAGAUACCGAGGCGAGAGCGACGCUCGCUAUGCUUGGAGCGAUUCCUCCUCUUGUAGGAAUGCUUGAUUGCAGUGAUCUCGAUUUUCAGAUUGCUUCGCUCUACGCUCUUCUCAAUCUAGGGAUCGGAAACGAUACGAACAAAGCAGCCAUUGUCAAGGCAGGAGCUGUUCACAAAAUGCUUAAACUCGUUGAGUCUCCGGAUGAGGCUCCAAAUGUGUCAGUCUCUGAAGCAAUUGUCGCGAAUUUCCUCGCUUUGAGCGCUCUCGACUCGAAUAAACCGAUCAUUGGUUCCUCUGGCGCAAUUCCAUUCUUGGUAAAAACCCUUGAAAAUGUAGAUGAGAGAAGCAGCACGCAAGCCAAGCAAGACUGUCUCCGAGCAUUGUACAAUCUCUCUAUCUCCCAUUCCAAUAUUUCCCAGAUUCUGGAAUCCAACCUCAUACCCUAUCUCCUGAACAUGCUUGGCGAUAUGGAAGUGAGUGAGAGGAUCCUCUCGAUUCUCAGCAAUGUGGUUUCAACUCCAGAAGGUCGGAAAGCAAUCAGCAACUCCCGGGAAGCAUUCCCGAUUCUGAUCGACGUCUUGAAUUGGACGGAUUCGUCUGGAUGCCAGGAGAAGGCAUCUUACAUUCUAAUGGUGAUGGCCCACAAGGCUUACGGAGAUCGCCAAGCCAUGAUCGAGGCCGGAAUUGUAUCUUCCCUGCUCGAAUUGACGCUGCUCGGUAGCACAUUAGCGCAGAAGAGAGCUUCGAGGAUCUUGGAAUGUUUGAGAGUAGACAAGGGGAAGCAAGUCUCAGAAGUCUAUGGUGGGAAUUUGGGUGUGGCGGUGUCCGCCCCAAUUUGUGGAACCUCCUCAUCUUCAGCUGCACCGAAUCAGCAUUUGAAAGGUCUGGUGGAAGAAGAGGAUGAGAUGAUGAGUGAGGAGAAAAAAGCAGUGAAGCAGUUGGUACAGCAGAGCUUGCAGAAUAACAUGAGAAGAAUUGUAAAGAGGGCAAAUUUGCCUCAAGAUUUAGAUUUUGCACCGUCCGAGCACUUCAAGUCUCUUACGCAGUCUUCAACUUCGAAGAGCUUACCAUUCUGAGAUCUUGGAGUUGCAAAGAGAUCUGGAGAGGCAAAGAAUCUAAAAAUGCAGAGAGGGGAAGUAGGAACGAUUAUCCAAGUGAAGAGGUUAGAGAGAAGAUAAGUUGAUAUCUUCUUCUGUGUCAUCAUAAACCAUGUGCAAUUUCCUGUUCCCCAGGUAUAUAUUAUAUGAAGUUCAUUGUCCACUUAUAGUCAGUCAUGCAUCGUCUUACAAAUUUAAAAGCUUCUCGUGGUUUUCUUCCUCUGUUGUUAUUGAGUUUACUGUUCUUAUUAUUUAACCUUUUGUAAAGCAUAAAUAUUAUGUGGGAUCUGUUUGCCCCAUAAGCAAUUUUGUUUCAUUUUCCAUG